AUGUCCCUCGUCGCACUCUUUUAUGACUCUGUAGAGCAGGGGUGUCAAAUUGGCUGGCCGGAUCCGGCCCGCCAGUCCAUUUUGUCCAACACGCGAAGUCCUCUUCAACGGAAGAUCUCCAAUGGAUUCAACUACUUCGAGAAGAAAGGGAUCCCGACCGAGAAGCCGCUUUAUCCCCUCGUUGGGAACCUCUGGAACUUCUGGAAGGAGGUACAAUUCCAAAGGGAUGCGAAGAACGAGAAAAGAUUCGGGAAGGUCUGGGGGUCGUUCGAGGGGAGUAGACCAGCGUGGAACAUCGCGGAUCCUGAUCUCAUCAGGGACAUCUGCAUCAAAGAGUUCGAUCACUUCACCGAUCGCAGGGUGUUUUUCAUGAAAGACAAGGUGUUGUCGAAGAUGCUGAAUGUGUUGAAGGGUCAUGAAUGGAAGGACGUGAGAUCCGCCGUCUCCCCUGUCUUCUCCUCGGGCAAAAUCAAGAAGAUGUCCCAGCUGAUGGAGUCGUGUGGGGAGACCCUUGUGCAGCACCUCCGGAAGGCCAUGGAAGAGUCCCAGGGCGUCGUCAACGUCAAAGAGUACCUUUUGCUUUCCCUUUCUGUCUCUCUGCUUCCGCUGUUGUGUCAGUACGGAGCCUACACCUUGGACGUGAUCGCGACGUGUGCGUUCGGCACGAAACUGGACAGCCUGGGAGAGGAGAAUGACCCGUUCACGAAAAACGCCAGGAAAUUCCUCGUCGAUAAUCCAAUCGUUGGCAAUCCUCUCAUCAUCAUCCCUUUCAUAUUCCCGUGGGUGAUGCAAUUGGGUCUGAAUAUCUUCCCGAUGGAACCCAUCAACUUCUUCAAAGAUCUCGUCCAGGACAUCAUGAAACAGCGGAAGACCAAGGGCCAUGAACGAGGCGAUGCCCUGGACGCGAUGAUGGAGCAAGUGGAGAAGGAGAAGGAGGCAGGAGGCGAGAUGGUGAUGACGGAGGAGGUGAUCACGGCCCAGUCCCUCGCCUUCUUCGUCGCCGGGUUCGACACCACGGGAUCCAUGAUCAACUUCCUCACCUACGUUCUCGCUGUUCAUCCAGACGUCCAAGAUCGACUGUAUCAGGAGAUAGAGGAGAAAAUCCAGGAAUACGGUGGAACGAACCACGAGAUGAUGAACGCCUGCGCGUACCUGGACCAAGUGGUGAACGAGACCCUCCGCUUCUAUCCCAUCGCCACUCGACUCGAACGGGAAUGCACCAAGGACUGCAUCAUUGAUGGGAUGGAAUUCAAGAAGGGGGAUUUGAUCUGCUUCCCAAUCUACGCUGUGCAUCAUUCGCUUGAAUACUAUCCCGAUCCUGAAGUGUUCGAUCCAGAUCGGUUUUCACCGGAGAAGAAGUCGAAGAUCCCACAAGGAGCCUUUCUUCCGUUUGGCAUUGGCCCCCGGAACUGCAUCGGGAUGAGAUUUGCACUCGAAGAGGGGAAACUGGCGCUGUGCCACCUCAUCCAUUCCUUCCGUAUCCUCAAAUGCGCGGAAACACCUGUGCCUCUCAAGUUCACUCCGGGAGUCCUCAUGCUCAUGCCCGACAGGACCAGCCCGAUCAGAGUCAAACUGGAGAGUCGAAUCUGAUGGCGGCGAGACUCCUCGGGAUCACUUGGGCGAUUUUUCAUGUGCUUCCUUGCUUUGCUUCGAGAAAGAUGGUGCAUGCUUUGUCCUGGAAUUUGCGUGAUUUGGAGAAUAAAAUUAUUAUCAUGA